AGCAUUAGCAGCGCAGCACUCACCAAGACAUUGCCACAAAGCUUGCAAAAGCACACAAAUUUAGCUCUACAUAUUCCUUUGUCAUAGCUAGAGAUCAAUAUAUAUAAGCUCGAUCGAGAGAGAGAGAUCAUCGACCACAGUCCACAGAGAGCAUCAAGAAUUUGACCUUUAGGGAGAGAUUUUAUAUAUGGGUGAUCAGGAAAAGAAGCAUAAGAUGGCGAUAAGAGUCAGGGAGUUCGAAAUGGAGAGGGACUUGCCGGCGGUGGAGGAGCUGGAGCGCCGGUGCCAGGUCGGGCUCUCCGGCGACCAGGCGGAUGACGUCGCGUCCACCGGCACCGCCGAAGAAGACGGCGGUGGCGCCGCCAAUAAGAAGUGCAGGAGGCGCAAAAAGAAGACGAAGAAGAAGAGAGGCAUGUCGCUGUACGUGGAGCAGAUCGGCGACCCGUUCGCCCGGGUGCGCCACUCGCCGGACCACGUCAUCCUGGUUGCUGAGUACGGAGAAGAAGAAGCAGGAGAGGUGGUCGGGGUGAUCAAGGCGUGCGUCAGGGCAGUGAGCCGAGGGAAGAAGAAGAAGCAGCAUGAGUUCGCCAAGACGGCCUGCCUCCUCGGCCUCAGGGUCUCCCCCUCCCACAGGCGGCUCGGGAUCGCGACGGCGCUGGUGUCCCGGGCGGAGGCGUGGUGCGCGGCGAGAGGCGCGGCGCACGCGACCAUGGCGACCACGUCCUCCAACGCCGCCUCCCUGGCUCUCUUCACCGGCCGCUUCGGCUACGCCCCGUUCCGCCGCCCGGUCUUCCUGGGCCACCCGGUGCACCGCCACCGCGCCCGCGUCCCGGCCGCGCACCGCGUGCUCCAGCUCCCGCCCCAACUCGCCGCCGCCGCCUACGCCGCCACCACGCUGCAAGAAGCCGAGUUCGUCCCCGCCGACCUCCCGGCUCUGCUCGCCCACAAGCUCACCCUCGGCACCUACCUCGCCCUCAACCGCGGCGCCCCGCCGGAUGCCGAUGCCGGAACGCCGGCGUCGUACGCGAUGCUGAGCGUGUGGGACGCCACGCGGUCGCUGCGGCUGCGGGUGUCGGGCGCGGCGCCGCUGCUCAGGGCGUCGCUGGCGGCCGCGCGCGCCCUGGACCGGCACGCGCCGUGGCUGCGCGUGCCCUCGCUCCCGGACGUGUUCCGCCCCUUCGGGACGUACCUCCUCUACGGGCUCCGCAUGUCCGGGCCUGACGGGCCGGCCCUGCUCCGCUCCCUCUGCCGCCACGCGCACAACGUGGCGAGAAGGAACCCCGCGUGCGCCGUCGUGGCGGCGGAUCUCGGGCCGGAUGACCCUGCGGCCGCCGCCGUCCCGCACUGGGCCAGAUUCUCCUGCCACGACGACGUCUGGUGCGUCAAGAAGCUCGCCGCCCCCGCCGCUUCCGGCAAUGCCUUCCACGCCGCCGCUGAUGAAGACGAAGAAGAUGACGCCUGGAUGACGGCGCCACCGCCCGGCGUCUUGUUCGUGGACCCACGGGAGUUCUGACGUUCCUCGCGCUUCCGGAAUUAACUUAUCUGCUCGGUUUUGAUUUCUGACGACGGUGUAGAUACAUCAUUAUACAUACUCUCAUACUCAUAGAUUGACUGACAGACAAAUGUAUGUAUGCUGCGAAUUCAGGCAUUGCAUUUUGCAGCAUUCCAGUUUACAGCAAGUGUAACCAAAUUUUAGCUCUCCACUCUGAAUCCCCCAAGACCAAUAUGGCUUUCUGCUCUA